CCGCCGGAGACUCCCUCCCACACGGCUCAGUCGAGAUGAACGCCAGGAUUCUGCUCGUGCUGUGCGCCCUGGUGGCCGCAGUUUCCGCCUCCGGCCACGGCCACGGCCACGGCUACGGCCACGGCUACGGCCACGGCUACGGCCACCGGUACGGACGUUCUCUGGGGCACGGUUACCGUUACGGACACCGACACGGACGGUCCGUGAACUACGGCUACGCCAGCCACGGCUACGGUCAUGGUAACCACUACGGCUACGGUCACCACCGCUACGGCCGCUCGGCUCCCUACAGCCACCCUGGCUACGGCUACGGCUACAGCCAUGGCUACGGCUACCUUCACCACCCCUACGCCCGCUCGGCUUCCUACGGCUACUGAGCCACCACGGCUACGGCCACGGCUACGUCGCUGUGAGGAGGCCUGUGUACGGCCCGCACCCGAGCCGCGACCCGCACCAUUAGUGGGACCUCUCCGGAGUGACGGCUGCUGAACAGUGCUGCUUUGUCUCGGAACAACACGGCCAUGUGGCGGGGAGAUUGUCUCGGGAGAGAAAAUUCUCCCUGCAUGCUCAUGGCCCAAAACCUGUCAUCAAAUAUAUGUCACUGCUA